CUCUGAGCUCGUUGGAUGAAGAUGCUCAAAUAUCCUAGAUAAACAGAAUACGCUAACCUGGGACCAACGCACCACUGUAGACGCUCAGUAGAGUGUAGAAGGAAACUGUGCUCCUUAAAGGAGCAAUGUCUUGCGAUAUAGCUAAGACAGCAGCAUAGCAGAUUCACACAAACUUUGUGCGUGCGUUUCAAAGUGGAUUUGCGAAUGACAGACCUAACGACCAACUUUUGAGACAGCUCCUAUCAAAUCUUCCUGCUCUUGAAGAGAACCUUAAGACUUCAUGACGUCAGUAGGUCCGCUCCUUUACUGCGCAUGCUCAGAAGAGGUUCAUUGGUUCGGCGGUGCCGGAAGUGGCUGCUGGCCGAGCGGGCCGGUUUGUCGACUUGGGAGCAGCUGCUUGGCCGAGAUCGAGAGCGGGGGGGGGCGCUGCAGUAGCGGCCACCCCUCGAGCCCGGCUAGGCCUCGGGCCUUUCGCGUCCACCGCCCAGGAAGAUGCUCCCUUUGUCCAUCAAGGACGAUGAGUACAAGCCGCCCAAAUUCAACCUCCUCCGCAAGAUCUCGGGGUGGUUCAGGUCCAUCCUGUCAGAUAAGACAUCACGAAACCUCUUUUUUUUCCUUUGCCUCAACCUCUCCUUUGCCUUCGUGGAGCUGCUGUAUGGCAUCUGGAGCAACAGUUUAGGUUUAAUAUCAGAUUCGUUUCACAUGUUUUUUGACUGUACUGCUCUGUUAGCUGGACUGGCAGCUUCAGUUAUUUCAAAGUGGAGAUCAAAUGAUGUUUUCUCUUAUGGGUAUGUUCGAGCAGAAGUUCUAGCUGGUUUUGUAAAUGGUCUGUUUCUGAUCUUCACAGCAUUCUUCAUUUUCUCCGAAGGUGUAGAGAGAGCACUUGAGCCUCCUGAUGUGCAUCAUGAAAGACUUCUUCCUGUUUCCAUACUUGGUUUCAUUGUAAACCUUAUAGGAAUUUUUGUGUUCCAGCAUGGCGGUCACGGUCACUCUCAUGACUCUGGACAUGAGCACAGCCAUUCACUGUUCAAUGGAACUCUAAGUCACAGCCACAGCCAUGGGGGACAUGGUCACAGUCAUGAUUCCAAGCAUAGUCAUGGGCACGGCCAUUCCCAUGACCACAACCAAGGGCAUGGAUUCUCUGAGAGUAAGGAUUACUGUCAUGAUGAUCACCCAGCUACAGGGUCCAGCAAACAGAUUUUAGAAGGUGUAUUUUUGCACAUUGUUGCUGACACACUUGGAAGCAUUGGGGUAAUUAUAUCAGCACUACUGAUGCAGAACUAUGGUCUCAUGAUAGCUGACCCUGUUUGUUCAAUGCUGAUAGCUCUGCUUAUAGGAGUCAGUGUUGUCCCUCUUCUAAGAGAAUCCAUUGGAAUUUUGAUGCAGCGAACACCUCCUUCCUUGGAAAGCGCUCUGCCUCAGUGCUAUCAAAGGGUUCAGCAGUUGCAAGGAGUUUAUAAUCUACAUGAGCCUCAUUUUUGGACCCUUUGUACUGAUGUUUACAUAGGGACUUUGAAACUGUUUGUUGCUCCAGAUGCUGAUGCAAAGUGGAUUCUAAGCCAGACUCACAACAUUUUUACUCAGGCUGGAGUAAGACAACUUUAUGUACAGAUUGAAUUUGCCACUAUGUAGCACAUAUCUUACUGUUCCCUUUGGACCAAAGCUUUCUAGUACUGUAAUGGUUUAAGACUUUGUACUUUCAUUGGAACACAGAGGCUCCUUCUCGACAUUUCUCCAAACCCGAAGAGAGACUGCCAACUUUUGGCUACAUAAAGACGAAAGGAAAAAAGGAAAGGGUACAGGCCUGGAUCUUCAUGAGCCCUAAACCUUUGUGAAUUAUUUGCUGAAUUCCAACAGCAAACUUAAUAAUGUGGUAUUGUAAUCAUUGCUUAUGUUUUUUCCAAAGCUGCUAAAGCUGUUGCUCAGUCCCACAAAGCCAGUGUUGUUAUGAGAAGGGGGCUGAAAGGAAAGUUUAUUUUGCUCAUAUGUCAUAGUGGUUGACAUUCUACAACCUGACUGUAUGUUAAGACUGUUUGUACUUUUGCAAACUUAAUGAACCAAACCAUAUUGGGUUUUAGUGCCUUUCUAUUAAAAUAUCUGCCAGCACAGAUAUGGGACGUUGGGGGGAAAUUUGUAUUGAUUUUUAUGGCUACUACUUGUACCAAUAGAAUUCUUGCUUGUGAUUGGUGUGAUUUAUGUGUAAUUGCAUAACAAUAGCUAUUUGAUUCCCUUCUCACUGUUGCAUUUUAAAUUUCCAUG